CAAUCACCUGCACUUUAUUGCCAGUCCACGUGUCCCAGAUAAUUAGCUUCCCAUCCAAUGAUCCCGUCACGCAAUGGCUACGACGCAAAGCGCAGAUCAAUAUAUUCAGUAUAAGAGAUUCUCGAGGAUAGAUCAGACUGAAGUGUUUCAUUCACACAAAACUUCACGGGUCGAUGAUGACACAUUCCCCAGGAAUAGGAAAUCACACGGACAAAACCGUCGACACGGUGUGAUGAUUAGCCACUCUUUUCGACCACAAAAACCAAUCGUCUCGCUUUCGAGGCUCUCGCUUUCUCCUAUAAAUGUCUGAAUUCUUUGGUACCGAUUGAUAUGACUCAGUGUGAUCGCACGGUGAUCAAUAGAUAUUUAUUCGCGAUACUCGCAAAUUUUUGAGGUCUAGAAGAACUUAAGUAAACAUUACCUUAUCAAUUAUAAAUAUAUCAAGAUACAUAUUAACAGCAAACAUAGGUAUCAAAUAGUUGUUAAAAAUAUAUGAAGUAGUAAAAAAGUUUGCAUAAUAAUUUUGCAAUUAUCUUAAUUCAGUGUACAAGUUAAGUUGCGUUGUAAUAACAGUAUACAAUUUUGAUAUUGUGAGUUUCGGCAAUCAAGAUAAAUUUCAACAUAGCAUUUUCAUGGUAAUAAGACGAUAUGAAGGGACAGGAUGUCUUGGAAAGACUGAUGUUAUCGGUCGUUCUACUGUUGUACGGAGAUCAACUUACGGCGGGAAACGAAGGGAUAUGCAAAACGAAGCUGAGUCAUGACGUUUACGUGCCCUCAAACAAUCUUUCGUGUCAAGAUGUUUCGGAUAACAAAUUAUUCGUCAUCCAGCGAUACAGACCAGAGCAGAAAACUUGCAGCGCAUCAUUUAAUACAUCAGAUAUCUUGAUAUUCACCGUCGCUUCCAACGAGACAGAUGGCUUCCAGAGGUAUCUGAGGUCGGCCGAGGUCUACGGAUUUCGUGAUAAAUUGAACGUCCUUGGCCUCGGCGAACCCUGGAAAGGCGGUAACGUUGUGAAGUAUUCCGGCGGUGGAUACAAAAUUAAUCUCCUCAGGAAAGCCUUGCAGGAGUAUCAGAAUGAUGAAAGGAAGAUUGUCUUUUUCACCGACAGUUACGACGUUAUAUUUCUUGGCGAUCUGUCCGCCAUCGUCGAACGAUUCCUGAAUACCGGCGCUCGAGUCUUAUUCUCCGCGGAGGCGUACUGUUGGCCGGACAGCUCACUGGCGGCUCAGUAUCCGCCCGUGUCGAGGGGCAAACGAUACCUGAACUCCGGCGGUUUUGUCGGUUACGCGUCCGACGUGUACAAGAUUCUAGACACUGCGCCUAUUAAGGACGAGGACGACGAUCAGUUGUUCUACACGACCGUGUAUCUGAAUGACGAGCUCAGGGUGCGGCACAAGAUCAAGCUGGAUCACAAAUCCGAGAUAUUUCAGAAUCUCUACGGUGCGGUAGCCGACGUGGAGCUCAGGUUCAAGGGGGAGGAAGCUUAUCUCCAGAACAUCGUCUACAACACGGUGCCCCUCGUACUUCACGGCAACGGAUACAGCAAGCUAGUUUUGAAUUCCUUGGGUAAUUAUCUGGCCCGCGCGUGGACGCCGGAUGAGGGAUGUCAGGCGUGUUGGGACCGAACCAUCGAGCUCGAUAAGACCAAACCGGAAACGUAUCCGGUUAUCUUAAUAGCUGUCUUCGUCGAGCGUCCCACGCCGUUCCUGGAAGAAUUCUUCCAGGCUAUCUAUCGGCAAUUCUAUCCCAAAUCGAAGUUACAUCUGUUCGUUCACAACAACGUGCCCUAUCAUGAGGACGUAGUGAGCGACUUCUUCGAGAGGUUCAGCCGAGAAUACCUGAGCGCGAAGCAGAUAUUACCGAGCGACAGUGUCAGUGAGGUUGACGCGAGAAAGUUGGCGAUGGACCAUUGCUUGUUGAAGGAGUGUUCCGGCUAUCUGUCGAUCGAUUCGGUCGCCCAUCUAGACAACGAGUUCGCGUUGAAAUUGCUGGUGGAGCAGCAGAGAGGAAUCGUCGCGCCUUUGCUCAUACGACCGUACAAAGCAUGGAGCAACUUCUGGGGCGCCAUAACGGACGACGGAUUUUACGCGCGGAGUUUCGACUACAUGGAGAUAAUAAAGAACGAACGCAGGGGACUGUGGAACGUGCCGUUCGUCAGUAACUGCUACCUGAUCAACGCGACGAUCAUAGCUAGCAAGGGGACCCGGCCGUCCUACGAGGAUGGAGACCUGGACACGGAAAUGGCAUUUGCCCACGGAAACCGUCAGCGUGGUUUAUUCAUGUAUGUCAGCAACCGACUCGAAUUCGGUCACCUAGUCGAUCCCGACACCUACGACAUACAACUCACCUAUCCAGACAUGUACCAAAUCAUGGAUAACAAAUUGGACUGGGAGAAAAGAUACAUUCAUUCGAAUUACAGCGAGAAUUUUAAUCCCGAUAAGAAACCGAUGCAGCCAUGCCCGGAUGUCUAUUGGUUUCCCAUCGUUAAUCUCAGAUUCACCAAAGAGUUCGUAGGAAUCGUCGAGACCUUCGGACAAUGGUCGGACGGAACUAAUCAUGAUCCACGAUUGUCGGGUGGCUACGAAAACGUGCCAACUCGCGACAUUCACAUGAACCAAGUUCAGUACGAACAACAGUGGUUGUACUUCUUGAAAGAAUAUGUUAGGCCGUUGCAGGAGCUCGUCUUCCUCGGCUAUUUUCACGAUCCACCACGAUCCCUUAUGAAUUUCGUCGUGAGGUAUCGCCCGGACGAGCAACCAUCCUUGAGGCCGCAUCACGAUUCUUCUACUUACACCAUCAAUAUCGCUUUGAAUCAAGCGGGGGUGGAUUAUGAAGGCGGUGGAUGCAGGUUCAUCCGAUACAACUGCUCGGUCACCGACACGAAGCCAGGUUGGAUGCUGAUGCACCCUGGAAGACUGACGCAUUAUCACGAAGGACUGCGAGUGAUCGCGGGCACGCGUUACAUCAUGAUCUCUUUCGUAGACCCUUGAAUCUCCCACUGUAAAUACCUAUAAAUUAUCAGACUACCACUCUAUUAAAAAUGUACUGCCAUUAUAAUGAACGAAGAAUAUCAAAAGAAGGAAAAGGCGCGGUAUCAAAGAGAAAUGUAAUCCUACUUUUCGACGUGUUCAUUGUUGUCGACUGGAAACUGGUCAAUUGCCAUUAAUGGACUGAACAGUGCAUCUAACAGAAAGAAGUGUAAAAGCUGCUUAACCAAUGUAUUAUUUUUGUACUCUGAUAUAAAUGCACGCCUAAUCGUGUUUUUCAUAGUUAGCAAUAUUGCCAAUUUAUAUAGAAAUGACUGGAAUAUAUAUAUAUAUAUAUAUAUAUAUAUAUAUAUAUAUAUAUUGCGCAAUGUUCAUUGACAUCUGAAUUCACUAAUUCUUUCAAAGCAUACAUAAACAGAUCGAUAAUAAAAUUUAUAAUAAUAAAUGUUACUGAA